CUCUCUCUCUCUCUCAUCGAUCACACCAUUCCUCACCACCACCACCACCGCAUCCCACGAGCGAAGCAGCGAACGCGAAUUUCCCAAAUUACCCUCCUCCUUCUCUUCUUCUUCUUCUUCUUCUUCUUCUUCUUCUUCUUCUUCCUCAUGAAUUUCUCUAUUACUACAUCAUUGUGAUUGCAGCGUCGGAAUCGGCGGGAUGCUCGUCUUAUGGAGAUGGAGAAGAUAAAUCAAAAGACCCAGAUGGCUACACUGCGCUCUAAUCCGGAAAUAGUUUCGCUGGACGGAAGGUUAGAUGAGUUUGAGGAUGAAAGCCUCGUUAGCCCGGUGGCGCACUCCAGAAAGCCUUCUGGUUUUGAGGGAACCCACCGUAACUCUUUUUCUGUCGACAAACAAGAGUGCACCGUCGAAUAUCUGAAGGCUAGAUUUUUCAGGAGCUUGAAGAUCGUAUUGUUUACAGCAAAGAUUAAUAUGUUGAUGCCUUGCGGCCUUAUUGCGGUCUUGAUCAACUACAUUACUGGUGACCAUGGAUGGGUGUUUUUCCUCAGCUUGCUAGGUAUCAUUCCUUUUGCAGAGCGGCUGGGAUUUGCCACGGAGCAACUAGCACUCUUUACAGGACCAACAGUUGGUGGCCUCCUAAAUGCUACCUUCGGAAACGCAACAGAAUUGAUCAUAUCAAUCCAUGCUCUGAGAAACGGAAUGUUGCGAGUAGUCCAGCAAUCAUUACUUGGAUCUAUCUUGUCAAACAUGCUUCUGGUCCUUGGCUGUGCAUUCUUUAGUGGAGGGAUUGUUUUCAUCGAUAAAAAGGAGCAAGUUUUCAAUAAGGCAUCGGCUGUAAUGAACUCUGGAUUGCUUUUAAUGGCAGUCAUGGGCUUACUCUUUCCGGCUGUCCUCCACUACACCCACACUGAAGUCCAGUUUGGCAAGUCCGAAUUAGCCUUGUCAAGAUUCAGCAGCUGCAUUAUGCUUGUGGCUUACGCCUCCUAUCUCUUUUUCCAGUUGAAAAGUCAGGAAUAUUUAGAUUGUCCAGUUAACGAGGGAGGAAGUCCGAAUGAACAGGGCGCAGAUGACGAAGAAAGUGCUGAGAUUUCGAAAUGGGAAGCGAUCAUCUGGCUUGCUGUUUUGACUGCUUGGAUUUCUGUACUCUCUGAAUACUUAGUUGAUGCUAUAGAGGGGGCCUCAACUGCAUGGAGGAUACCAGUUGCUUUUAUUAGUGUUGUUUUACUUCCGAUUGUGGGGAAUGCUGCAGAGCAUGCAAGCGCCAUAAUGUUUGCAAUGAAAGACAAACUUGACAUUUCUCUCGGAGUGGCAAUUGGAUCAUCUACACAAAUAUCAAUGUUCGGGAUUCCGUUCUGUGUAGUAAUUGGGUGGAUGAUGGGACAACCAAUGGACUUAAAUUUUCAGCUUUUCGAGACAGCCACUCUCUUCAUAACUGUAAUAGUUGUGGCAUUCAUGCUACAGGAUGGAACUUCUAACUACUUCAAGGGCUUAAUGCUCAUUCUUUGCUAUCUUAUUGUAGCUGCCAGUUUUUUCGUACAUGUUGAUCCUACAUCUGCCGAAGAUGCGCCUCCGCGAGAAUAAGGGUUGCUAAACUGAUGUCUUCAGAAGAUUCACAAUGACAUUAUAAACAUUAUUAUACUCCUUGCAACUGCCCUCAUGAGACAUGGCUAUUUCUUGUCUACUGACAAUUUUGCAAAUCAGGGUCUUCCAAAAAUUGCUAAUUUUGAUUGUCUUUAGUUCGGUGCGAGUUUUUUGUCUACAGAGUGCCGAUUUACUGGUGUAAGAAUAUUCAUGUAAAUACUCAGCAGUUACAUUAACUCACCGUGUACAAAAAUUGCUGGAUCAAAC